UCCGCCUGUUGCAACAGAGCUGACCGACAGCAUUUCAAACCGGUUGGGGAGAUUAGCGGAGAGAAUUAAGUCAACUUCUGAAGAUUCAGUUAAGAACUUAGGAGGACUGAGUGAUUCUCCAGCUGUUGGUUCAUCAUCAAGAUCUGCACUCAAGAGUGAAGAUUUUGAUGGUUUUGAUCAAGCUGUAGCAACAGAGUUGACUAUCAGCAUUUCAAACCGGUUGGGGAGAUUAGCGGAGAGAAUUAAGUGGACUGCUGUUGGUUCAUCAUCAAGAUCUACACCCACAAGAAAGGAUGUCGUGGUUGGUUUUGAUGAAGAUAGGUUGCAGAUAAUGCCAUGGCUUACAAGCUAUUCAUCCGAGCUGCAAGUCCUCCCUAUUGUGGGAAUGGGAGGCAUUGGUAAGUCCACACUCGCUAAAAUUGUUUAUAAUGACACAUUCAUUACUUAUCAUUUUGAUUUUCACGCUUGGGUCACAAUAUCGAAAGAUUACAAUGUAGAAAUUAUUCUUUCAAAUCUGCUUGCUUCGAUGAAAGGAAAGGGAAUCCAAGCAGAGAGCGAUUUACAAUGGGAGGAGAAGGAGUCUGAAAUUUACAAAUACUUGAAAGGUAGGAGGUAUCUCAUAGUAAUGGACGACAUCUGGAGUACGUUAGCUUGGGAUCAGGUACGGAGGCUAUUACCUGACGUCUGACGAUAAUAAUGGAAGCCGGAUCAUAUUAACCACAAGGCUAAAGAAUGUGGCUGCUUAUGCUAACUCUUCGAGCCCCAUUCAUAUGAUGCGUUUCUUGGAUGACCAACAAAGUUGGCGUUUGUUCCGGAAGAAGGUCUUCGGAGAUCAAGAUUGUCCAGUUGAGCUACAAGAUGUUGGGGAGAAAUAUGUAAAACGUUGCGAAGGACUGCCCCUUUCAAUUGUUACUGUAGCAGGACUUUUAUCCAAGAUUGAUAGAACUCCAAAGUCGUGGAAACAAAUUGGGGCAAAUGAUGGACAGUUGGGAACAAUAUUAUUAUCUUUGAGUUAUAACGACUUGCCUCAACAUUUGAGGGAGUGUUUCUUGUAUAUGGCAGGUUUCCCUCAAGAUUAUGAGAUCCAUGUCUCAGAACUCAUCAAACUUUGGGUAGCUGAGGGCUUUUUGGAAGGUCGAGAUGAAUCUAAAAUGUUGGAAGAGGUGGCGGAAGAUGUUUUGGAGGUGCUGGUCGAGCGAAGUCUAGUUAUGGUUACUAGCGUGAAGAGUGAUGGCAAAAUCAAAAGGUGCAAGCUUCAUAGUAUGGUUCGGGACUUUUGUUCAAGGCUGGCUGGGGAAGAGAAGGUCGUUCUACCUAUUAUGGAUUACUUUCCUAAUCCUAUCGUGAGAAGGCAUUUUCUUCCACAAGUGUUACAAAAUCAUCAACGCAUAAGUGUUAGUUGGUGUGAUCUGGAUCUUAAGGACUCUGUGCAUAGCUCAUGCACCCGUUCUAUUAUAUGUAUCCCGCAGAGAGGGUAUAGGCCCAAAGGUUCUAUAGUGAAUUUUAGGUCACUUAAAGUGCUUCAUGUUUUACGUAGAAAUGAUCAUGCAUUUUGGGCAUUAGGUCAAGUGUUUGAUUUGAUUCAUCUCACUUACCUUGCUUCCAACAUUCCUAGCAGUAUUGUUCCUUCAGCUAUAUUAAAGCUUUGUAAUCUUCAGACUUUAAUUAUUUAUAGAUAUGAGGUUAGCUUGCCUGAGGACAUUUGGUGGUUGCGGCAAUUAAGGCAUCUUAUCGCCUUUUCAUUUCUUCCUAUACCUCUUUCCCAUCUUUCAGGAUCUCCUUUGGAAAGCUUCCAGACAUUUUCUCUGGCAACAAAUUUUGUAUUUAGUGAUAGUAUGGUGGAUAAGAUUUCAAACAUCAAAAAGUUGGAAAUAUGCUACUCGUUAUGGAAGUUUGGUUCAGACUAUGCUUUUGGCAAUCUUAGGUGUCUGCGUCGACUGGAAAAAUUGAAAUUGGAAACGCUUAGUUCUUUUCAACUGUGUCCGAAUUUUAGUUUUCCUGGAUCACUAAAAAAGUUGGAAUUGAGUGGAUGGCGGCUUCCUUGGAGUGAUAUGAUGGUUUUUGGCCAGUUGCCUUCUCAAGUGUUGAAACUAAAGAACUAUGCUUGCAGUGGGGAACUCUGGGAAACUAUUGAGGGAGGAUUUGUGAAUCUGAGACUUUUGCAUAUUGAUGAAUCAAAUCUGCAGAACUGGACAACUGAAAGGAGCCACUUUCCGAGGCUCCAGCGCCUAAUGCUUCAUCGUUGUCCAUAUUUGUCAGAGAUCCCACUUGAUAUUGGAAAGAUUCCAACACUUGAACUGAUUGAGAUCGAUGAUCAUAACCAAUCUCUUCUGGCCUCAGCGAAAGAGAUAAAAGAGAAACGGGAUGCCCUUGAAGUUCGUUUGAAGCGUUUUUGAUAUGAUCUUUCAAACUUGACUCUGCCCUUCAUGUCAGAUGCAGAGUAUCGUUGGAGCUAGCUAGCUUAUCAGAUAUUAGACUUAUGAAAGAAGCAGACUCAAGGUGAAAUGGUUGGUGAUGAAUAAACUCCUACUUUUUUGCAAGAUAGCUAGUUUAAAAUAAAUCUGAAUGCUAUAUACUGUGUUAUCAUGUAUUUCUCAAAGUUGAAUGUAUGUGUGGAUUGACAUUCCUGUUUACAUUAUUUUACUUGCAGUUGUCAUUGUGGCAAAGUAGGCUUCUCAACAAUCAAUUCAGAUCUUCUAUUGCAUUAUAAUGUGACAUCUCUCCUAUUACAUUUAUAGAUUAUUGAUAUGUUAGGGUUUAUUUAAGAAAAAUAUAAACACUAACAUUGGGCAAUCUUAAACCCUUAAGAUUGCCACGUGUCAUUCAUCUAUAUAUGAAAUAGAUAAUGCCACACAAAUUUGUAAUAGAAGAUCUUAAAUUCUCAAUAAAAAGCACAAGUCUAUUCACUUGGAAUGAGAUUCAGUGUACCACACUUUAUGUCCCACUUUGUGUCCCACUUUCAAUUUUAUUUAUUUUCUUAUAUAUUUUUUCUUCAAUUUCAACUUUAUAUGCUUUAGUUUAAUUUUGUGAUUAUUAACUAGGGUUUAUUCCAUCAAU